AGGGAGGAGUCAGGCGGGGGAAGGAGCAGCUGGAGUCCCAGCUCACUUCGCCCCUCUUCUCCUGGAAAAAGCGCUCCAAAUGUAAUAACAACUCUCCACGCGCUUCUCUGACGCCUCUGUUGUUUUUAGGCACAUCUGCGGUCUGCUUUCGGCAGAUUCUAUCGGCAGGCUCAUGGUUUUGGUCCGGCGGUGCUUGAACACGGCAGACUGUGAGAAGGAGGAGAAAGACGAACAAGAGGAAAAACUCUGGCAGCGCCGUUUUGGAGUUGGACUUGCAGCGUAAAAGAAAAAGUCCAGAGGCACAUCUGCAACUUCGCCAGAGCAGAAGAGUCUUUUGCCGAAGAUUCUUUUAGGACAAGAGCAAGCGGGGAAUCACCCUAAAACAAGUAUUCUGUCUCCAUGAGGUCUUGAGGAAUGAGCCAUCAUCAUGGAAACCCAAUCCCAGGCCAGUUCAGCAGCUGAGAAGAAGAAGAGGGUGGAGACCAUUGUAGCGACCAAAGGAUCAUCAGCGCGCAAUGACAUUAGCGAGAAGGCGGUGGCUUCGAGCACCACCUCAAAUGAGGAUGAGAGUUCAGGCCCACCUUACCAUCGUGAGAGGAGGAACGCCAUCAGCUCCGAGGCUCCUACAACAGGUGCCCCUGACCGGAGUGUGACCGAAGAGCCCUCCACAUCCACAGAAGAGCGUCCUUCUCAGCUGAAGAAGGAGCUGCACAGUGCCCUGCCCCACCUGCCCGAACAUGCGCUGCCAUACCGGGGCACCCUGUUCGCCAUGGACCCCCGAAAUGGCUACUUGGACACACACUAUUCCGCUCCACAGUUCUUCCCCACCUUCCACCCGCCUGUGCCCAUCGACGACAGACAUGCCCAAGGCCGGUACAUCUACGAGCCUUCCCCUGUGCCCCCGCUACAUGUGCCUCCGGUGCUAGCGGGAAGUCCGGCUUUCUCUGAUAUCUCCCUCAUCCGGAUCUCGCCCCAACGGAACCCUUCAGUGGGGGCGGAGUCACCCUUUCACCCUCCGCACCCCUACAUCAACCCCUACAUGGACUACAUCCGCUCACUUCACAGCAGCCCCUCCGUCUCUGUGUUGUCCCGGGGCCUCAGUCCGGCAGAUGCCCCUCACACAGGCCUGACCACGGCAGAGUACUACCACCAGAUGGCCCUGCUGGCUGGACACAGGAGCCCGUACACGGCCGACCUCCUGCCCUCUGUGGCCUCUACCGCCGGGGCUACAGGAGCCAGUGCUCUACAUAUGGAGUACCUGCAGGCCAUGGACAGCUCGCGUUUCCCCAGUCCUCGGCUUCCAUCACGGCCCAGCAGGAAGCGGCCCCUGCCCAUCUCGCCCCUGUCUGAGCACAGCUUCGACCUGCAGACAAUGAUCCGGAACUCACCCAACUCCCUGGUCACCAUGCUCAACCACUCACGCUCCAGCUCCUCCACCAGCGGCUCCUAUGGACACCUCUCCGCAGGCGCCAUCAGUCCAGCCCUGAGCUUCGCCUAUCCCCCCACCCCUGUGGCCCUGCACGUCCACCAGCAGCUCAUGAGCAGACAGCCGGGCAUCGUGGGCUCCGCUUUCGGCCACAGCCCCCCUCUCAUCCACCCCACCCCCGCUUUCGCCACGCAGCGCCCCGUACCAGGCAUCCCACCACCGGGCCUGAGCGCCAGUGAACGCUCUGCCCUCUCCAACGACUCCUCUCAGACCAAACCAACCAGUGAAUCGGCCGUGAGCAGCACCGGAGACCCCAUGCACCACAAGCGCUCCAAACUCAAGCCUGAAGAGCAGCUGCCCAGCCCUGGCGUGCUCAGUGUCCAGGACCAUCCUGAUGGCAUGACUCUGGUGAAGGAGGAAGGGGACAAGGACGAGAGCAAACAGGAGCCGGAGGUGGUCUACGAGACCAACUGUCACUGGGAGAACUGCUGUCGCGAGUUUGACACACAAGACCAGCUAGUCCAACAUAUCAACAACGACCACAUUCACGGGGAGAAGAAGGAGUUCGUGUGCCGCUGGGAGGAGUGUUCUCGGGAACAGAAGCCCUUUAAGGCGCAGUACAUGCUGGUGGUCCAUAUGAGGCGCCAUACAGGGGAAAAGCCACACAAAUGCACAUUUGAGGGUUGUGCAAAGGCCUACUCACGUCUGGAGAACCUGAAGACUCACCUGAGGUCUCACACUGGAGAAAAGCCCUAUGUGUGUGAGCAUGAAGGCUGUAACAAGGCCUUCUCCAACGCGUCGGACCGCGCCAAGCACCAGAACAGAACACAUUCCAAUGAGAAACCCUACGUCUGCAAAAUCCCAGGCUGCACCAAACGCUACACUGACCCUAGCUCUCUCCGGAAGCACGUGAAGACGGUGCAUGGGCCCGAAGCGCACGUCACCAAGAAGCAGCGCGGAGACUACCCCCACCCACGCCCCCCACAGCCCAGAGAACCAGGGGCCCACGGGCAGGGCCGCUCCCCAGGCUCCCUGCCUCUGGGGCCCUUCUCUGACCAAAGGGAGUACAAUCAUUCUACCUCAAAACAGGACGACUGCCUGCAGGUCAAAUCUAUCAAGACAGAGAAGCCCAUGACGUCUCAGCCAAGCCCUGGCGGUCAGUCUGCAUGCAGCAGUGAGCAGUCCCCCGUCAGCUCCUAUCCCAGCGGUGGAGUCCAGUUUGCUGUGAGUGUGGGGGGCCUGGCAGGGGAGGGGCUAGAGGAGGAUGAGGAGAGAGAGGAGGAAGAGGAGGCUGAGGACGAGUGUGAGGGACAGGGAGCACCCAUCAUGGACUCCACCGUCUCCACGGCAACAGCCACCAUGCUAACCCUGCAGGCGCGUCGCAACCUGGGCCGGCCCCUGCGCUGGAUGGAGCACCUCAAGAUGGAGCGACUGAAGCAGGUGAACGGAGGUCUGCCCAGGCUGUCCCCAACACCCCCACCCAGAGCCCCCGCACCGCCUGCACCCAUGGGAAAGGGGCCGUGUGAGUCUCGCCCGUGGCCCAUGUCAGACCUGGGCAGUACGGAGCUCACGGUGCUGAGCUUGUGGAGGGAUCGUCGGGACAGCAGUGGCAGUGCAGCCAGCUCGGCCUACUUGAGCAGCAGCCUCUCCCCCUGCCUCUCCAGUCGCCGCUCCAGCCAGAACUCCACCCACCAGCGCCUCCACAACCGCAGCUCCACCGACUCCUAUGACCCCAUCUCCACCGAUGCCUCACGCCGCUCCAGCGAGGCCAGCCAGUGUGGAGGGGCGGGGGGCCUGGGCGGGUAUUCUGGGGGGGUGGGCUUAACGGGCUCCAGGGGGUCUCUGAGCUUGACCCCAGCUCAGCACUACCACCUGAAGGCCAAGUAUGCUGCAGCCACAGGUGGUCCUCCUCCCACUCCUCUGCCCAACAUGAAGCCUCACCCAGGAUCCAUGGAAGACAGCACCUCCAACCACUUGCCCCCUUUGGUGCGGCCUCAGCACUGCAGCAACACCACUGCUCACAUGGGUGCUCACUUGGGUGCUCACAUAGGUGCUCAAGUGGGUGCUCACGUGGGAUACAGGAGGAGGGUGCCUUACCCCGGGGAGGGGCCCAUGAGCGGAGCCCGCAGAGCCAGUGACCCUGUGCGGACACAAGUGUGUGAUUCUGGCAACACGGCCCCAAUGCAGCGCUUCAAUAGUCUUAACAACCUCCACCCUCUGCCCCCCCUCUCCCACCAUCCAGCUCCUGAACCCCGCCUGACCCUGCACAACUACACUGGUGCAGAGGGCAGCUCACAGCAGGCCGGCAACCCCAGCAUCGCGGAGCAGGCCGCUCUGGAGGCUCUGGCCAUGGAGGACAGUGGGGCAGGGCUGCUGCUGGGGGAUGAGUACAUCCUCCCAGAUGAGCUGGUCCACUACCUGCACUCACAGGCUCAGGCAGAAGGGGACUACCUGCAGCAUCAGGACCAAGCACCAGUGAGUCAAAGGGACUUCUACCAGCCACAAGGUGGCACUCUGGGACAAAGUAUAGCAUUCCCUCAGCACCAAGGAGCAGAGAGAAGGAGUCCCAGCAAACUGCCCAUCCAGUGGAAUGAGGUGAGCUCUGGCAGUGCAGACAUGUCUCCUCAGAGAGGAUCCUACUCCCAGUGUGAGAGGUGGUCCAGUGCAGAGCACAAACCCUUUGGACGCUUCUCCAACAUGGUGGUCCAACAGUGCAUCCCGGAGCUCCAAAGUGCUUGCAGUGGCAGCCCAGCUGUAAAGACAGAGUCCUCUCGGCUCUCCUCUAUGGAGCUGAGAGGCUCUCAUAAUACUCUGAACUUUAAACAGCAGUCUGCUCAUGGACCUCAGAAGCAGAACUACACAGCCUCCUGUCAUGUGGGAAACAAUCUGGUACUAAACAGAACCAUGGACAACCUGUGUGCACUGUCCCAAAGCUCAGGGCCCCCUCUUCACAGACUGCCCUUCGUCCCUCGACCCCCGGCCCACGGCAGGAACCACUCUGUGCGCAGCUACAACUCCCAGAGCUCUGAGAGGCCCGAGGGACUGCACCGUCUGCAGGGGGUCCAUCCACAGAGGAGUAGGACCAGCUGCCCUGCACCUCUGGGGCCUGGGGUCAAACUGGAGGCUCCGGAUGAUGGAUAUUUGGAGCAGGGGUUUGGGCAGCUCUCCUUUGAGUGUGUGGAGAAGCCAUCUCUGUGCCCUGUGCUGGAGGACCACCUCGGCUCUGCGGAGGAGGGCACAGGACAGGAGGCCUUGCUCUCCCCCGCCUCAGACCAGGUGACCAGCACAGUGGAGGCCUCAGUGGGAGUCCUGGAGGAGGCUGUGAGUCUGGACUUUGGGCUGAUGCUGGAGGACUACGACCAGGGCAGCCUGGUGUCAGGGGUGCUUAGCCCCUCCAUGUUUCAGGGAGUGUCCCGGACAUCGUCCAGACUCACCACCCCUCACGGCUCUGCAGCCUACACCUCCGGGGCCCCUGGGGCCCCUAUGGGCGCUGUGCCUCCUAUGGGCCCUGGACUGAACAACAUGGCCAUAGGGGACAUGAGCUCACUGCUCUCCAGUCUAGCAGAAGAGAGCAGGUUCCUGGCCAUCCUGCAGUAGCCUCAGUCCUACA